AUGAGCUCCUUCCUAAUGGGUUAUCCGCAUCAUCACAUUCAAUCGAUGGGCAUAAAUCUUGAACCCAAGUUCCCUCCGAGCGAGGACUACACUAGUUUUCAUAACGGAUACGGCGGCGUCAAUGGAAUCACACAGACCGGAACUCCGGAAUACUUGCACCACACCCAACCGGACUCACUGCAUCACUCCGGCUCGGCAGGAGUUGUCAGUGUUGGAGCUGGAACCGGUGGAGCUGGAAACGGAAUCGGCAAUGGGCCGGGUAGUGGCGGGGGAACCGUGGCGGGUUAUAACGGCUAUUCGUCGCCUAUGGCCGGACACUAUUACCAUCACCCGCAUCAUCAUCAUCAUCACCACCAUCAUCACCCUCACGCGCAUCACCCACACAAUGGCUACGUGUCUCCGGUGCAAAUGCAACCUGCACCCGUUGCCUCCAUAGCCCCACCUGCCGCCGCCCUUCCUACAGCCGUACCGUCUGCUGGAUCGAACAACCCUAUUCCGAACCACAACAGUUCCUACCCGACUAACGUAACCUCCAGCUACUAUGGGGGAUACUACGGGGCGACGGCCCAAGGCCAUCAGUCGAUGAUGGACGCACCGUUACAAUGUGCUGGCACGGAAGUGACCAAUACUGCUCUAGGAUUGCAGGAACUCGGCAUGAAAUUGGAUAGGCGAAUAGAGGAGGCAGCUCCAGCGGGUCAGCAGCUGCAAGAACUGGGUAUGAGACUGCGUUGUGACGACGCGAGUUCCGAUCAGGAUGAGUUUCUCGACGAAGAGCGCAUGAUGCUGGACCGGUCACCCGACGAGCUGGACUCCAACGAUGGCGACCUGGACGAACUUGACUCGGAUAAUGAUCUUGGGGAUGAACUGAUGCACGCAACAACCGACGGAGAACGCAUCAUUUAUCCUUGGAUGAAAAAAAUCCAUGUUGCCGGUGUCGCAAAUGGCUCGUUUCAACCGGGCAUGGAACCUAAACGACAACGCACCGCAUACACCCGCCACCAAAUACUGGAGCUGGAAAAAGAGUUCCAUUACAAUCGUUACCUAACUCGUCGUCGACGCAUAGAGAUUGCCCAUACGCUGGUCUUGUCUGAGCGGCAAAUCAAAAUUUGGUUCCAGAACCGUCGCAUGAAGUGGAAGAAAGACAAUAAGCUUCCAAAUACUAAGAAUGUGCGGAAGAAAAGUGGUGACCAGGGUAAAACUGGCGGCAACGCCACUACCACCAACGGUCAGUCGGGUGGUGGAGGAACCGCAAAGAAAGGCCGUAAAGCGAAUGGAACGGGGAUGACCGGCAAGUCGAAACAGCAGCAACAACAACAACAGCAACAGAGUCUCCAAAAUGAAUGCCUUCGUACUGACAGUUUAGAAAGUUUGUCCGAUGUCCAUGGGGGCAUGCCGGCAAGCAAUAAUGCAUCUUCACCAUACAUUUCGGCCUCCGAUGUCACGGGCAUGCUGCCUCAUUCAAAUGGAACUAGCGGGUCCAAUGCACCCAGUAACACGAACCAUGGCAACGAUCUUCUCGCUCAGCACCAGCAUCAGCAGCAUCAGCAUCAGCAACAUCAGCAGCAACAGCACCAUCAUCAUCAGCAUCACCAACAGCAACAACACCAGUCUCAUUUAAGCAACCAACAAGCCACCAGUAACAAUAACAAUAGUAAUGCCGCAAACAACAUGAACAGUGUUCAGCAGCAACAUUCCAUCAGUAUUAAGAAUGAUUAUGAUCUAACCGCACUGUAG